AUGUCUGGGCAGUUCAUUGUUGCAGCUCAACUACAUCCACAGCAGACCACUAAAGCCAUAAGGUUGAGGUGUGCUAGGAGUUAUUUUGUCAUGGAAAGUAAUCAAGAAAAGUCCAUUACGAGUCAGGAAUGCAUUUUUCAUGAUCAAGAGGGACAGUUUAUUCAUGUGCACAUUCCUAAGGGUAUUGUUUCCAAGUAUAAGAAUAUGUUCAAGGAGGGACAAGUUUAUGGCGUUCGAAAUUUCCUAUGCAUAACUAACUUCUUCAAGUAUAAAACAAGCACUUUGCGUUACAUGAUAAAGUUCAAGCAUGAUACUACUGUAAAGGAGUAUAAGCAUGGCAUUGGUCGAAUAGUGGAAGUUUACUCUCCAAUGGAGAAAGUGAUUGGUGGAAAACAAACAAGACUAAUUAACUUUGUUCUUGAAGAUGUUAGGCAGAUUCAUUGUACCAUUUGGGAUGAGCAUGUUGAUAAACUAAUUCCUUAUUACAACUCUACCGUUGUUGAUCCAGUGAUACUAAUCAUCCAACUUUGCCGAGCUAAAUUCAUGGAUAAUGGUGAAGUGCGCAUUUGCAGUUCGUUUGAUGCUACUCAACUGUUCUUCACUCAUACCUCUAAGGAGUUUGUUAAUUUCAAAAACAGUUUCAAGAGUGAUUAUACCCCUUUAAGGUGUAUUGAAUCAGCUUCUAGGCUUGCUAUUGGGUUCCCCAUUAAUGGUGUUGGUUUUACUAAUGUGUUCAUUACUUCUAUUGAGGACAUCUAUAAAAAGAAAGAGUCAAACUCGUGCAAGAGAAAGCUGAGUGAAAGUGGUGGUAUGAUGCAUUGUGUUGGUUGUAAAAAUUCUUGGCAUGAAGGCAUUUUAAGGUAUAAAUUGAUAGUUCGAGUUGCUGAUCAUACUGGUGAUGCACCGAUACUUAUUUGGGACCGUGAAUGUGCAAGUUUGGUAGGUAUGUCAGUAGGUGAAUUAAAGGGCAAAUAUCCUGAGGGUGUUCAUGUUAUUCCUAAUGAAAUAGCUGUUCUUCGUGGUAUGUCUAUGUUGUUUCAAAUUGUCAUGAAAAAGGAUCAAGUGGACAAUUACUAUUCAGCUUUUACAGUGUUGAGAAUCUGUAGGGAUGAGGAUGGGGUUGUGAGUGAUGAUGAUGGAAGUCGUGGAUUGGAUGCUAUGUAUAAAGAAAUGGAGAAGGAUAAAAUUAUUGAUUUGGGUGACAGUGAUGGGGUUUCCAGCAGUGAACAAGCUAAUGUUCCCCUAAAGCGUUGUCUCAUUAAUGAGUUUGAUCGGGUUGGAGGAACUUCAAAGAAGGCUAAUGAAAUUGUUGUGAAGCUGGAAAAGAUAUAG